GAGAAAAUUUUGACGUUUGUGGAAUUGUCAAUCAAUCCAAAAUAAAUAAAUAAAUCCGUGAUUUACAUUAGAUUUAUGCUUUGUACUAACAAAAACGAUAGUCUCGCGUUAAUAACUGCUUGUAGAAAAUUGCAUUUCAAUUCGAGAAUCGAUUCAAUGUCGUAUAAACCGAAAUAAGGUUAUGGCAGAUACAGAUUGUGCCAGUGAAAGCGCCAGUUCUGUAGGUGAUGAAGAACGAGUCAGAAGACUCUUUCAGGCCUGCGAUGCUAACGGGGAUGGAUAUAUCGAUAGUCAAGAUCUGCUAGCUAUCUGUAGAGAACUGAGCCUAGAAGACUCUCUUGACGAGUUGAUGCUUCAGUUGGGAGCUGAUUCUCAAGGUAGAAUUUCUUACGAGCAAUUUUUACGUCGAAGACUCGCCUUACGCCCAGAAAUUGACGCACUAAAAACUACAAGCAAGGAUAACGUCAGUGAUAACAGCCAAGGAAAACUGGAUCGCUGGGAAUGGGAUUCAGGUGCUAGAGACAUGAGCCCAGUACCCAAGAGCAUUCUGAAGAGCACAGAAAAGUACACCGAAGAAGAAUUCAAGGUUAGUGUUUUCUUCUUUUAUUAA